UAAUGAGCAAGAAGUUCUUAAAUACAGAAAUAUUAGUGGAAGCUGGUACAAAAAUGUUAUAAAUGGUGUCCAAUAAAUUUGAAGACAUAGCUAAUUUAAAAUACCCUGUAGUCCCUUAGGUUUAACCAGGGUUCUUGAGACAAUAAUUUUCAGAAAAGCCUCCUUUGGAACCAGAGUCACUUGAUAGCAUAUUAUAAGAAACAGAAACUAAAGUAAAUAUUAUAAAAUUACAUAUAAAGAUUUUUCCAGGACUGACUUUAUGGAGUCAUCCAAACUUUUAUGCAUAUUAUCCAUCGAAUAUUACACAUGCAUCAAUAAUAGCAGAAAUAUUUGCUUCAGCUUUUGGAACGCCUGGAUUUCAAUGGUUAGCUUCUCCAGCAUAAACUGAAUUGGAAAAUAUUGUAGUAGAUUGGGUAGUCUAUGGCUUAGAUUUGCCAGUUAAAUUUUUAAUGAAAAAUUAAGGAGGAGGAACAAUUGCUGGAACAGUUUCAGAUGCAAUAUUUAUUUCAGUACAUGCGGCUAAAAGAAGAAAGAUGAAGUAAUUGAAUAUAAACACAGAUUCUGCUUAGAUCUGCAAAUUUGUAGGUUAUUAUAUUGAGAGUGCUCAUGCCUGUGCUACAAAAGCUUUGCAUUUAAAGGACAUUUAUUAUUAAAGGAAACUACCUGUUAUAUUUAAUGAUGAAUAACAGAAUUAUGUUGUUGAUUUAGAGAAAGCAAUAGAGAUAAUAGAAUAAGAUAUCAAAGAUGGAUUGAUUCCAUUUUGGUUGAGUUGUUCAUUUGGUACAACAGGAACUUGUGCAUUCGAUCCAAUAGAUAAAUUAGGAGAGAUUUGUCAGAAAUAUUAAAUUUGGUUUAAUGUGGAUGCUGCAUAUGCUGGAUCAUCUUGGCUUAUAAAUGAAUAUAGAGAGAAAGCCAAAGGAUUAGAAUAUGCUGAUUCUAUAGAAAUAAACUUUGCAAAAUUAAUGAUGUGUGGGUUGACUGGAAGCUUAUUUUAUGUUAAUGAUAAAAGUGAAUUAGCUGAAGCAAUGGGAAGUAAGAUAGAUUUUGAGAUUUAUAAGAAUAAAUUUACAGAUAAUUAUGAUGUGUGGGAUUACAAGGAUUGGUAAGUAGCUUUGGGAAAGAGAUUUAAUUCAAUUAAAAUGUUUUGGAUGAUAAAAAGUUUAGGAUUGAAUGGUAUGAGAGAAUAGAUAUUAUAGAAGAUAGAAGUAGCUAAUCAUUUUGAACAAUUAGUGAAAGCAUCUAAUAAAUUCAGAUUAUUUACAAAACCAUAAUUGGGAUUAGUCACAUUUAUAUUGGUUAAUGAAGAUUUGACUAUAUAAAACAAAUUGAAUAGAAAAUUAUAAGAAUUAAUAAAUUAAAAUACGAUGAAUGGAUUUAUAAGUGGAUCAGAAAUUAAGGGUAUAUUCUAUCUCAGAAUAUCUAUUGCGAAUCAUACAACAACAAAAUAGAAUGUAGAAGAAUUUUGGAAUCAUAUAUAAAAAUUAAGUGAGUAAUUAUGA